UGGGACGCGCACCCAGGACAGAAGGUCGAUAUAACGGGCCGCGUGUGAAGCGGAGGCGGUUGGAGUUUGUUUCUCCUUCUCCCCACCCAAAUCAUUUUUGUGCAGAGAAGCAAAGAAAUCUGGAGUGAAGGGGACCAUGAGUUCUGCACGUGCACAGUGGCACAGAAUUCCUCCAGGAACAAUGUUCAUGACAGUACUGUAAAAUUAUAUUGUAGGGGAAAAAACAAAUACAAUCAGAUACUAUGCUUCCUGCCCUCCCUCUUGCAGGCUUCUAGUAAUAUGCAGCAAGUGGAAACAGCCUUCAAUAGAUAUUGACCAUGCACCAGUGGUGAAAUACCAUCAUCAUAUUUGAAAGAAGGAAAUCUACCUUGUAAACACAUCCAUUGUGGUAGCAUCACUAUUUUGGUAUCCUGGGAAGAAAGUGAGUACAGCAUGAUUGCCUUUAGUAAUGUGUUUGUACUAGAGGAGUGCAGAUGAUGAACAUCUCAGACAUAACUUUGACAGACCUGCCUCUGUCACACGUUAUCUGAUAAUUUUAUUAAAACCAUGGUAAUCCCAUCAUCCUUGAAGAACUGUUUUCGGUUAUUUUAUGUCCUCAAGAUUUCAGCAGCUGGCUUCAAGUACACAGCAAACAGAGGGCUCAUUCUACAGUCCAUUUCUAGUGAUGUUUUCCAGAAUUUGGCUGUGGAAGAUUGGAUUCAUGACAACAUGAAUUUAGAGAACAGACAGGUUCUUUUCCUUUGGAGAAAUUCUCCUACUGUGGUGAUUGGGAGACACCAGAAUCCCUGGCAGGAGUGUAACCUCAAGAUAAUGAGGAAGAACAACAUAAAACUGGCUCGAAGGAGAAGUGGAGGUGGAACGGUUUACCAUGAUCUGGGCAAUAUCAAUUUUACUUUCUUCACAUCCAAGAAAAAAUAUGAGAGAAUGGAAAACCUAAAAUUAGUUGUUAGGGCUCUAAAAGGCCUGCGACCCCAGUUACAUGUGUGUGCCACUGACAGGUAUGAUCUCUUGCUAGAUGGGAAUUUUAAAAUCUCAGGUACUGCUGCAAAGCUAGGAAGGACUGUUGCUUAUCAUCACUGCACUUUACUGUGCAGUGCAGAUAAAAUAAACUUAUCUUCUGUACUGAAGAGUCCUUACAAGGGGAUAAAAAGCAAUGCCACUCCUAGCAUGCCUGCUUUAGUGAAAAAUCUCUUUGAAGAGGAUCCUACUCUAACAUGUGAGAUGGUCAUGGAUGCUGUUGCUGCAGAAUAUGCAAGAUGUCAUCAAAUUGACCAUCAUAUUACCCUAAUAAACCCAGCUGAUGAGACAGUGUUUCCUGGAAUUCAUAAUAAAAACAAAGAACUACAAACCUGGGAAUGGAUAUAUGGCAAGACACCAAAAUUUAGUAUUAGCACUUGCUUUAAUAUGAUGUAUGAACAGUCUCUCCUUGAAGCUGAAGUGGAUAUUCAUGUAAAGCAUGGGAGAAUUGAAGUUUGCAACAUAGUUUUGCCAGAGCAGUGGCUGCCACCAGCAAUGUGCAAUGAACUAGAGAAAAACUUAAUUGGCAGUAAGUUUUGCCCCAGUGAAACCACAGCAUUAGCAAGCACUCUGCUUAGAAUAUGUCCACAAAACUAUGAGUUGCACAGCAAGUGGAGUCUCUUAUGUGAGAAUGUGAUGACACUAAUGUGAUUUUCAUACUGAAAGUGUAAGUCACAUCUUUGAUAUUAACUAGUGCAUGAUUAACAAAAAUUGUAAAAUAACAUCUGGUUAUUUUCAGUAUGUUGUGCAAGUUGAUUUUACAGGAGUAAGCUACUACUGAAGUAACUUUCUCUUGAUUUAUCCACUAAAGUUCUUGCUUUAGUUCAUGAUUGAUUAGAUUACACAAUCUACUAAUUAGACUGAUCAUAAAACUAAAUUUCAUGUUGUCAGCACUGUCAACAUGUGACAAUUUCUCAGUUACUGAAGAUUGAACAUGUACUGAGUCACCCAAAUACAUGAAGAUACUUCAGACCAGAUCUAUAUGUUAGGAGUUCACAUCUCAGAGGCAGUGACUUACUGGAAAGUUAUACUGGAUUUGGACAGAAUGAAUUCAUUUUAAAAAGACUGUAAAGCCACUAGUCUACUAUGCGGUAUUUUGAUACAUUUUGGUAACUUCUGAGAGCUUAAAGUUAAAUGUAUAUAUAGAGUAUCUGCUUUGUCUACAUGUUAGGCUCUAAACUGAAUUUUAUUCUAGACUUUCAUCUUACGGUCUCAGUUAAAAAUAGUAAAGUUUGCACGUUAACAUCACAAAAAAAAAUCAGUAUCAGUAAAUAAUGGGCCAUGGAUUUGUGACCAGCUCAGAUACCAUGCAGGAGAACUGCAUUUUGAUUCCUGUGUCUUGCUCUCUGGGAUGGUUCUAUGACUUAACUGGAAGGAUAAUCGCCACAAAACAGAACCACAUGUUUAGAUAGUCUAAUUAAGUAUGGCACAUUCUGUUCCAUUUAUUGGUAUGUGGGCCCCUCAAUACAUGUACUGCCAUUAGUAAUCAAAUAAGUUAAUCAAUGAAACAGAAAGCUUUUGAAGGCUAUUAAAUUGUAGUGUGAUUGCCAACUGGUAUUUCACAGAGGACUCUGCACAAGUGUUCACUGAUUUUACAGCUCUCCACCUUAUUUUAGAAGGAAACAAUUGGCCUUAAUUAUCUAGUUAACUAAGCUACAGUUUUAGCAUGGUGUUUUCCUUCAAUCCUAUUGUUUUUUUCUUUAAAGUAUAAUCCUAAAGACAGUUGCCUAUCUAACUUGUGUAUAUUUGGAUUUUCUGUGUUGGAUCAAAAACAUUUAAGUUUGUUGAGUGUGUACAAUUUACAGAAACUUAACUAGUCUCCUAAGAACCUGUGAACUUUCAGCACUGCUAAUUCAUCAUCUUUGAUAGAGUAGAACCUCAGAGUUUGACCACCUUGGAAAUAGAGGUUAUUUGUAACUCUGAAAUGUCCGUAAUUCUGGACAUGUUAUGGUUCUUUCAAAAGUUUAAAA